AUGCAUCAUCUACUCUAUAUCUGUGUAUUUGUGACAAUUGUUAUUUACUUCAUACUAAACUGGGUAACGGUCACAGCGAUGUGCAGUAUGGAUCUCAGUCACUUCCCCCUGGACACCCAGACCUGCACACUGGAGAUCGAGAGCUAUGCUUAUACUGAUGAUGACCUGAUGCUCUACUGGAGGAGGGGGAAUAAAUCUCUGCAGACAGAUGAGAAGAUCUCUCUCUCCCAGUUCCUCAUACAGGAGUUUCACACCACCACUAAACUGGCCUUCUACAGCAGCACAGGUUGGUACAAUCGUCUGUACAUCAACUUCACUCUGCUGCAGCACAUCUUCUUCUUCCUGCUUCAGACAUAUUUUCCUGCCACACUGAUGGUCAUGCUAUCAUGGGUUUCCUUCUGGAUCAACCGCAGAGCUGUUCCUGCUAGGGUUCCUCUGGGGAAGAUAUUUCAAACCAAUUGCAUCACGACGGUGCUCACCAUUUUGACUAUCAUCACUGGAGUAAACGCCUCUAUGCCUAGAGUCUCCUACAUCAAAGCUGUGGACAUCUACCUGUGGCUCAGCUUUGUCUUUGUCUUCCUGUCUGUGAUAGAGUACGCCGCUGUCAAUUAUCUGUCCACUGUGCAGGAGCGCAAAGAAAGGAUGCAAAGCAAUAAGUUGCCGUGUACAUGCGGAAUGACUCAUCCUGGUCAGAUGAUCAUGAGCAGCAGCUACAGCGACAUGGACAUGAUGAACACAGGAAACUACAGCAUGUCUGAGAUGAAUGGAGACAAACAGGAGCAGUUCCUGGUGCAUCUAGUGCUGGAGAACAAGCAGGGAGCACAAUGA